CCCAAGUCCCCACCGCCGCGAAGCUACCACUAGUCCGUCCCCAACCGGAUCCCCCGAUUCCCCCGCAACCGCGUCGGCGAUGGCAUCCACGGCGUCCACCGGCGCCGGCGCCGGCGACGGCGAGAAGCCCUACGCGCACCUCGCGAGCCCGCUCCUCGCGCCGCCCCAGCCCCCGCAGCAGCCCUACUACGCCUACCCCGCCGCCGCCUACGCGCACCCCGCGGCCCCUCCCCCGCCGCCGCCCCCGACGCUCGUCUUCGUGCCGGCCCCCUGCUCCCCGGUGCUCGUCCGCCUCCGCCGCCUGCGCCCGCGCCGCGCGCGGGGCCUCUGUCGCGCCUGCGCCCGGACCCUCCCGCUCCUCCUCGCCCUCGCGCUCCUAGCCGGCGCCGCCUUCCUCCUCUACCCCUCGGCCCCCGCCGCGCGCGUCGAGGGCCUCCGCGUCGACCGCUUCCGCGCCGACCCGCCCGCGCUCGACCUUGGCCUCGCGCUGCGGCUCCGCGUCCGCAACACGGGCUUCGUCCUCCCGCUCCGCUACCGCGCGGUCUCCGCCGCCGUCUCGUACCGCGGCCACCUGCUCGGGUCCGCCCAGGCGCGGCCAGGGUCCGGCGAGCUCGCGGGCAGGGGCGAGGUGUACGCGGAUGCCGAGGUGUGGGUGGACGCCGGGAGGGUGCUGGAUGACGUGGUCGACUUUAUCGCGGACCUGGCCACUGGCUCCGUGCCGCUGGAGAUCGUCACGGAGGUGGUCGGCUCGAUCAGGGUCUUCCGUUUCCACAUCCCUGUGAAGGGGCUCAUAUCGUGCUCGGUGAAUAUCAGCCCAGAGACUCAGAGAAUCAUAAGCCAGGAUUGCUAUUGAGCGACAGUAAUUUGAGCUCUUGAUGGAACAUUGUUUCACGAUUACUCCAAAAGAUACUAUCGAGUUGCCUGCCUGAUGGAACUGGAGUAUAUGCAUGUAUAUAAUUUGGAUAUUGUACUGUGUAGGCUGGAAUAAGAAGCAAACGUAGCAUCAUAUUGGGCCGCAGGGUAUACCCUGUCCUGCAUACAUGUCAGAACUGCUUGUGUCUGUAUCUGUGUUAUUUUGUUCAAUACUAAAGCAUCUAGAUGUACCAUAGCAUAGAAAUUAAUCAUGGUGUAUGAUUGGACCUGAACAUGUAUGUGGAGUGGUAACUUAUGAUUGGUGGUGAUAAUUGAAUUGAAGCGUGAUACCUGGAACGUUCCUGAGUCAA